AUGUGGGCUGGCCAGGUGGGCAUGGGCGUGGCCGUCGACAAAAGGCGUGAGCGAGACAUCUCUGUCUGGUGGGACGCGGAUGCAGACCAAGCCCAAGACGAAGCCGCCGCAGGCCACACCAAGGCCACACCAAGGCCACACGCAGACCAGAAUACGCAGCCCUCACGCAGACACGCAGACGCAGAUACGCAGAUGCAGACAUGGAACGGCGCCCAGCAUGCUUUGCACGCUCGGGGCACGGAGGACGGCAUACGGAGUACGGCAAGCCCACGCAAGAGAGCCCUCCAGGGCAACCCAGUCUGA